AUGGGUUCAAACUCAAAGCUUUUUAAAGCAUGUAUUGAAGAUAGGAUCAGUGGAUUGCCAGAUGCAAUUUUUUUUCACAUUAUUUCAUUCCUUGAAACAAGAGAUGCUGUAAAGACCUGCCUAUUAUCUCAUACAUGGAACAAUGUGUGGACUUAUGUUCCGAAUCUAGAGGUAUAUGUAUCUUCACCGAAAUAUGACUCAGAUGAACAUGUGCCUCAACCCGGGUUUGUUGAUAGAGUACUUCUGUUCCGUAACUUGUCAAACAUUCAUAAAUUCAGUCUUAUCUGCCUUGGAAUCGAAGAUUAUUUUGAUCGUAUUGAUGCUUGGGUUUGCACUGCCAUUAGGCGAAAUGUUGUAGAACUUAAUCUUGAUCUUUAUACCACACCCUCAAAUUCCUACGAAGGGUGUCUUAAGUUGCCUACAAGCAUUUUCAUUUGCAAGACACUGGUAGUUUUGAAGCUGAUACUAACAGAUCAGGUUAUUGCUAUUCCUCCUAACUCGAGUUGUUUUCCAAGUCUCAAGUACCUUGAUGUUCAGGAUGACCCUUAUGCUACAGAUGGAGGGUAUGAGUACAAAAAUUUUGUUAAUGCUAAUGCUCCAAACCUUGAAAAGUUCAAUGUCGAGUACCUUUUGGCAAGCUAUUCUUUGAAGAAUGUAAAAUCGCUAAGCACAGUUGAGCUUAAAUUCAAAGGUCUGCAUGCGGGAGAGAACCUAUAUUUUGCUGAUCGUAUACAUAAGCUCUUUGCAGAAAUCGUGAAUGUCAAAUAUUUGUCAAUUUUAGCUUCAAUUGUGGGGAACAUCAAUUGCCGUGCUCAUGGCGCUCAUAUAGACGAUCCUGAUAAAUAUGAUUAUGAUUCUGACAAUUCUGACAAUUAUGAUGAAGAUGACUUGCAUGACCACAUGAAAUCCGUUUCACUUCUGAAACUCACUUGUGAGUUUGCAGCGCUGUAUUAA